UGUCGUUCUGGGGAUACGUUUGGCCCUUCCCAAAUCUAGUAGCAAAGCUGAUGUCUUCAGCAAAUUGUUCGUCCAGGUCUUAACAGCGUUCAAGACGGCCCAGGAGGCCCCCAAGAUCGCCCCAGCACAGUCCGUAGCAAUUUUGGCUCAAGCCAUUUUGGCUGCUCAAGUCGCGCUCGGCCUGCGCACUCUACGCUGCACCACACAUGCACGUAUUGAGCUACCAGCCCAAAUCGGUCCUUUAGUUUUCUGAUUUGCAGGAUGGUAGCAGACUGGCAUAUCGGGACCAUGCUCCUGGUCUGGCAGGUCGGGACCAUGUUUCUUGUGGUGUUCGCCAUCAGCAUGCCCAUCUCAGCAUCGCUCAAGACGCAGACCUUCACCAACACCUCGCAAGCGGCUGGCUCAGGAGCGUCAUGCACGUUGGCCGACACCGACGCCUCUGCCUGCCAGGACAAAGACGGCAUCUUGUUCAACCCGGUGACGAACGGAGACGGGAGCGUUCAGAUGUUGGUGUUCGUUUUCUGGAGCGGGCAGUGGGGCACGGUGUGCGACGAUGUCACGGAGUGCGACGCGCGCGGCGGAGGGACCAGUCCGUGCUCAACGUCAACGUCGCCUGAGGUCAGCAGCCGGCGGCAGUCGUGUGCCGGGAGCUCGGCCUGGACGCGGACGGAGCCCAGGAGUACAAUGCCAAUGGGGGUGGCUCAGGGUACCCGAUCCACGUUGACGGCACGAGCAACCACAUCAGCGGCUGCGCGGGCACGGAGGCGGCCCUUGCAGAUUGCGCGUGGCUCCACUACGGCAGCCACAACUGCGGGCACAGCGAGGACGUGGGCGUCAUAUGGCAGCAUGCCUGCCCAAUGAGCAGCCCGACGCCUUCGCAAACGCCUGUUCCGACGUCUCCUCCAACGCCUCCUCGAACGCCUGCUCAAACGAUGGCGCCAGCGAGCUCGGCUUCUGUCACUGGCGACCCCCACCUGACUAACGUUUACGGCCAGAAGUUCGACUUGAUGAAGCCUGGCGAGCACGUUAUGAUAAACAUCCUCCGUGGAGAGCCCGCGGAGAACGCCUCAUGCGCGCGCAGGCCCUUGCUCAGCGACUGGGUGACCAGUGCGGGGAGAUGUAUUUCCAAUAAGUGAAAGUUACCGGGUCUUGGGCAGAGGCAACACAAGCGGGAGGGUAUCAUUACAGCAUUUCGCAAAGCGCGGUUGAGACUCCAGAAUGGGUCGCUUUGGGCGAGGUGGAGUUGUGGUUCAAGGACGUACGCACGUUGGCAUGAAGUAUUUCAACGUGUACGUGAAUGGCUUGGGGCGAGCGGGGUUUGUUGUGGGAGGUCUACCAGGGGAAGACGGUCACGCAGACGCAACACAGGUUCCGGCGUCAUGCCACAGGCAAGUUGUUUAAGAUGGGAAUGCGGACGACCAGGAUUCGUUGAGCAUCACCUGGUCAUCCGUGUCGUCAAGCUUCGCGUCAUUCGCAGCUGCAAGCUUGGAGUGAGCGUGCGUUCGAUUUGCGACAUAAUAUUGUGCCUUUUAUGUUUCUGGUUUUUGACAUACAAAGAGGACUGGCAUCACAGCUAUCCUCCACCCUGGAGUCUCCUCCCUCUCCUCGCUCCUCUUAUCUGCCCCAUCCUCGCUCCUCAUCUUCACUUCAGAGAGGUAGCAUGCGUGUGCAUGCCCGAUCUUGUCGCACGUGCUCGUUGCGAGUGACCCUAGGCUGCCCUGUCUAGCCACCGUGCACGCUGUUCAA